CGAAAAAGCGGUUACAUUGCUUAAUACAAAUAUACUCUUUUAUUCUGACCAAAGGCAAAAAAAUAACGUUUUGGCGAACGUACUACAUUAGCAGCACUACUGUUUUGCUAGGCUAUACUGAUCAACUUCGCAGUUACAGUUGAAAGGCUAGUGUUUAUAAGUGUUUUUAAGUGUUUUUUUUAAGCUUUCAGUGUCAGUUAUGUGUAUACCUAACGUGUCUUACGAGCGAAACAAAAAUACACCUGUCGGCUAAACAGAGAGCGACAUUCGUUUCAUUAAUUAACCACAAGACCAUUUUACAGUGUCAACAGUACGUUACAUACUGUAUUAUGCACGUAUAACCAUAUCCGGUAUAUGUGGUUGUAUAUGUGUUUGUUUGCUUCGUCACAAUCAAACAAGAUGAUGAAAGAUCCGAGUUACUGCAUACUAUACCCCAAAGGUUGGUGUUCAGAUGAGGAAGGUUCACCUUAUUUUGCGAUGGCGCCUCCCCAUUUUUCCACAUUCCUUUUCCUUCUUUGUCUCUCCUUUUUUGCUGUUUUGCUUCUGACCCACUUGCCUUCCGUCGCCCCGUCAUCACCCUUACCCCAAUCACCUUCAUCACCUUCCUGUGGCCCAGGUCAGUCUUGGGCUGUCCUGCUCCACGCUGAACCACAUCAUGAAGAUGAAAGUGGCGAACAGAGAUAUUUGAAACUGGAUAUGAUUGCAAACCAGGUGGCAGAACAGGCUGGCCUGCACAACCACGGCCAGAUUGGACAGUUAGAAGGCCACUAUUUGCUGUGUUCGUCUCAGCCUCCUCACGUUCAGAGAACGCAUGCAUCAGAUGUUCUCGCAACCCACCCCGAUGUCCUUUGGUACUCUCAGGAGAGGGUUCUCAGUCGCUCCAAAAGAUCCAUGGCCUUCAAUGACCCAAGAUACCCCAAACAGUGGCACCUGCAUAAUGACGUCAAUAAGGCGAUGGACAUCAAUGUAACAGGAGUGUGGGAGCGUAACAUCACCGGCCAAGGUGUGACAGUGGUGGUGGUUGAUGACGGCGUACAACACACCCAUCAAGACAUAAAACCCAAUUAUAGUCCAGAGGGCAGCUAUGACCUGAACUCUAAUGAUCCGGACCCCAUGCCCCACCCAGAUGUGCACAGCGACAAUCACCACGGGACUCGAUGUGCGGGUGAGAUCGCUGCUGUCCCAAACAACAGCUUUUGCGCUGUGGGCGUGGCGUAUGGCAGUAAAGUGGCAGGUAUCAGGGUCCUGGAUGGCCCACUGACAGAUAGCCUGGAAGCCAUAGCCUUCAACAAACACUACCAAGUUAACGACAUCUACAGCUGCAGUUGGGGCCCUGAUGAUGAUGGACACACUGUGGAUGGACCUCAUCACUUGGGAAAGGCUGCGCUCCAGCAUGGAGUCAUUGCCGGAAGACGUGGCUUUGGAAGCAUCUUUGUGGUCGCCAGUGGAAACGGAGGUCAAUACAACGACAACUGCAACUAUGACGGAUACGCCAACUCCAUCUAUACCAUCACCAUCGGGGCUGUUGACGAGAAUGGCAGGAUGCCCUUUUACGCAGAAGAGUGUGCAUCCAUGCUGGCUGUCACUUUCAGCAGCGGUGGGAACAAGAUGAGGAGCAUUGUGACAUCAGACUGGUCUAUGCAACAGGGGACCGGCUGUACAGAGGGCCACACUGGCACGUCAGCUGCUGCCCCCCUGGCGGCCGGAAUGGUGGCUCUCAUGCUGCAGGUCCGACCGUGUCUUAGCUGGCGGGACAUCCAGCACAUCAUUAGCUUCACUGCCACCAAGUGUGACAACAGUUCAGACUGGAGGGUGAACGGAGCAGGUUUCCAUCACAGCCAUCAGCAUGGUUUUGGCCUUCUCAAUGCAUGGAAACUCGUUAACGCUGCCAAGAUAUGGGAGUCUGUGCCAUUUCUGGUGUCCUAUCAGAGCUCAGUAAAAGAGGAGAAAGUGUCCAUUCCGAUCUAUCCCAUGGAUCUGGUUCACACGUGGACAGUCACAGCUGCUGAUCUGGAACAGUCUGGGAUGCAGACGCUGGAGCAUGUAGCUGUUACGGUGACGAUAACCCACCCUUGCCGUGGCAACCUGGAGAUCGUGUUGUUCUGUCCUAGCGGUAUUCCAUCCGUCAUCGGGGCUCGCCGGGCUGUUGACAGAGACUCUGCAGGCUACCAGGACUGGACCUUCUCUACUGUGCGUUGCUGGGGGGAGGAGGCGCAAGGCCAGUACCACCUCAAGAUAUCCGACCAUAAGGAGCCAUCAUCACGGCAGUGUGCCAGUGUGGGGGAGUUACGGCAGUGGAAGUUGACUCUGUAUGGGUCUUCUAUGACCUUCAAGGAGGUCAAAGACAGGCAGAGGCUGGUGGAGGAGGCCAUGAGUGGCAAAUACCUGGACAGCAACUUUUCCCUGCCUUGUCCCCCAGGCCUUGAUAUUCCAGCAGAGAUUAUCAGCCCAUUCACCUCCAACAGCCUCAAGUUUCUGCUGUUGCUCGGCUGCUUCGCUUUGUUCUGGUCUCUCUACUACAUACUGGAGGCCACCAUGGCCCACCUGGACCUCAGAGGCCUCUUGUGUCAGUUCUGGAGGCACCGAGGCCACAAAGUCAGGAGGUUGCGUCGAGGGAGAGGAGUGGAGGAGGCGUUGGAAGAGGACGAGUUUGGAGACGACGAGGAGACGAACGUUCGGGUGGAGCUGCAUGCGCUGCUGGACUCCGGGGCCAAGGCGCCACUCACCAAUGGAGGGAUGCCGGCAACAUAGCGAUGAGCCUUGAAGGUGGGUCUGAAGUGCUCCUUGGAUUUCUCAGGCAUUCCUCGCACCCUUUUUCCCCCACCCACUUUGCUCCAGUGUGGUAAUGACGGGUGAAGGAACAAAUUACAGAAGAACUUGAUUGAAAGAAUAAGACGCGGGUGUUCCUGUGCACUUGACAGAAAGCGUGUAGGAUUUUAACGAAGUUGAUGCUUCCAGAAGGAAGAGCUACGUGUCAUCUGGGGUUAUCAAACCAAGAUAAACAUAAUAUAUGCACUUUACCGAAGCGUGCUGUGUGUGUGUGAGUGUGAGAGUGUUGUGGAAAUGACUGUGAGCAAGGUCUUCCGCUAAAGUGUCCUCAAUUCAGAAUUCAACUGUGGUACUGCUAUAUUUUAGGAAAAAUAUAUUUUUGACAUGGCAAACUGCAUUUGACAUAAAGCUGCAGGAUUUUUACCCGUGGCGAAGCAACUACUGGGAAAAAAAACUUGACAUUCAUUUUGACAUUGAAAUGUGGAAUAGUACUGUAUAUUUUUAUUCAAGUGUCACAAAUAUAUGCCUUAUACAUUUUAUAUAAUUUAUGCUGGCUCUAAAAUUGUGUUUAUUGCUUUUAUACAAAACAUUCUCAUUGGACUGUAGUACAGUUAAAGAGAAGAGUUGGAAGUCGUGUUUUGCUGUGCAAGUCACAUGAACAAAUGAUAAUAAAGGACUUGAUGGAA